AUGAAAUAUUUCACAAUAUUAACACUCAUUGUAGUGUUGGGCCUGACAUCAAUCAAGGCCACCAGCGAAGAAGAAUUUAGACAAUUUAAAGCAGCCUGUGAGGAAGAGAAUCCUUUGAAUUCUGAUGAAUUAAUUAAUUUUGGUGAUGAUCCGGCAAAUAAUGCUCUGUUGAAAUCCUUGGAAAUGUAUCCUUCAUUUACGGCGCGCAAUCAUCAAGUGUUGCAGGCGGUUGACGAUUGUCAUACAGCUACGGGGGCAAAUGAUUGUGAAACUGCCUACAAGCUGAUGAUGUGUUUGAAAAAUCAUGGAGCGGAUGUUUAUGGUGCGGAAUAG